AUGGAUGAGUUCGACGACGAAGGUGACGUGGAAGAGACGGAAUUCCUGGAUGAAGCGGGAGAGGAUGAGAAGGAGGGCUCUGGGGACGAGAUUCCUGAAGAACUGAACGAAGAGGAGAUCAUCGACAUUGGUGCACUCGCGGAAGUCCAAGAUAAAGUCUUUGAGGCCUGGGCGGGAUGA